AUGGGCAAGAUCGACGUCAUCGAGCUGCUCAUGGAGACGUGCCCCAACAGCGACGAGCUGCUGGACAACCGGGGACGGAACGCUCUGCACUGCGCCAUCGAGCACAGGAAGGAGAAGGUCGUGCAGCGCAUGUGCUGGAACCCGAGGUUCGGGCGAAUGGUGAACGCCAGGGACGGCGCCGGGAACACGCCGCUGCACCUGACGGUGAAGCACGGGCGCGACAGGAUGGCCAUGCUGCUGACGCAGGACGUGAGGGUGAACCUGAGCGUCAUGAACAACGACGGCGCUACGCCGCUGGACGUGGCCAUCAACGAACUCGACCACGGGUACACGUACCCGAUGAACCCGGAGGUCCUGAUCGUGCAGUGCUUGGCGUGGUGCGGCGCCCACCGCAGCCCGCGGCGGCGGGACGAGUGCCUGGACAAGCACGCCGGGGGCUCCGAGAGGGAGCUCAGCAAGUACACCAGCCUGACGCAGAACCGCGCCAUCGGGUCCGUGCUGAUCGCGACGGUGACGUUCGGGGCGCCCUUCACCGUGCCCGCCGCCGCGAAGAGGCCGGCGUUCCGGGCCUUCGUCCUGUGCAACGCCCUGGCGUUCAUGUGCUCGACAGUGGCGACGUGCCUGCUCAUGUACGCGGGGCUCACCACCGUGCACCCCAGGUACCGCUGCCGCUACCACGUCUGGUCCUCCAAUCUGCUCCACUUCGGCGUCCUGCUCGUCAUCGCCACCUUCGCCUUCGGCGUGCACCUGACGCUCAGCCCGCCGGGAGCCUAG